UAUUUUGAAGGACUGUGAUAGGAAGCAAUGGUUGGCCCUACCAGUAGUCUCAGUAGAAAAAGUUUGAAGGAACAUAAUUAUCCGUUGGGUGUUCAGAAGGAUAGCUGGACUUUUCUCACGGCUUGCUUGGCUUCCAAUGGCUCCGACAAAUGUCCCAUAUCAGCUCUGCGCAGCUACGGGAGCAGGCUGCAGCUCUCCAGUGGAGUCAGAGCUGCGAGUUUUGCUGCAGCAAAGGAUUAUGGUCCUAGAUGGCGGAAUGGGAACGAUGAUCCAACAAGAGAAGCUGGAGGAGGAAGAUUUCAGGGGAGAAGAGUUUAAGGAGCAUCCUCUACCUCUGAAGGGCAACAAUGACCUCCUGAGCCUCACACAGCCAGCCAUCAUUUAUAACAUACACAAGGAGUACCUGCAGGCCGGAGCUGACAUCAUUGAGACCAACACAUUCAGCAGCACAUCCGUCGCCCAGGCAGAUUAUGGACUGGAGCAGCUGGCCUAUCGCCUCAACAGGGCGUCAGCAGAGCUGGCGAGGAAGGCAGCCGAUGAUGUCACCAAACAGUCAGGUUGGAAACGCUACGUGGCCGGGGCGCUGGGCCCCACCAAUAAAACCCUCUCUGUGUCGCCGUCUGUGGAGAAACCAGAUUUCAGGAACAUAAUGUUCGAUGAGCUGGUGGCAGCUUACACAGAGCAGGCUCGAGGUCUGCUGGACGGCGGAGCAGACAUCCUUCUGGUAGAGACCAUCUUUGACACGGCCAACGCCAAGGCUGCUCUGUUUGCCAUCGACCUUCUCUUUGAAAAGUCCUAUGAAAGGAAGCCCAUAUUUAUCUCAGGAACCAUUGUGGACCGGAGCGGCCGGACGCUGUCCGGUCAGACGGGCGAGGCAUUCGUAGUGAGUGUGUCCCAUGCAAAGCCGCUGUGUAUUGGUCUGAACUGUGCGCUGGGGGCAACAGAAAUGAGGCCUUUCAUUGAGGCGAUUGGGAAAAGCACAUCAGCUUUCAUCAUCUGUUAUCCUAAUGCAGGACUUCCCAACACGUUUGGAGGAUAUGAUGAAACACCUCAAGUUACAGCCUCCAGUCUACAGAAUUUUGCAGUGGAUGGACUGGUGAACAUAGUGGGGGGAUGCUGUGGGACCACCCCAUCACACAUCAGAGCCAUAGCCGAGGCUGUUAAGCAGUGCCAGCCAAGAGUUCCUGCUGCUGAUACUUUUAAGGACUAUUUGCUUCUCUCAGGUUUGGAGCCCUUUCAGAUUGGCCCAUACACCAACUUUGUGAACAUUGGUGAGCGCUGCAAUGUGGCUGGGUCACGCAAGUUUGCCAAACUGAUCAUGGCUGGGCAAUAUGAGGAAGCUCUGAGCAUUGCCAUGGCCCAGGUGGAGAUGGGAGCCCAGGUCCUGGACAUCAACAUGGAUGAGGGCAUGCUGGACGGUCCGACUGCCAUGGCUCGCUUUUGUAACUUUGUAGCCUCUGAGCCUGAUAUUGCACGGGUUCCUCUGUGCAUCGACUCGUCCAACUUCUCAGUGAUUGAGGCUGGGCUGAAGUGCUGUCAGGGCAAGUGCGUGGUGAACAGCAUCAGCCUGAAGGAAGGGGAGCAGGACUUCCUGCUCAGAGCUGCCACUGUGAAGCGCUAUGGAGCUGCUGUGGUGGUCAUGGCCUUUGAUGAGGAUGGACAGGCCACAGAUACGGAGCGGAAGGUGGAGAUCUGCACCCGGGCCUACAACCUCCUGGUCAGCAAGGUCAGCUUUGAUCCUAACGACAUCAUCUUUGACCCCAACAUCCUCACCAUUGGCACUGGCAUGGAGGAACACAGUGACUACGCUGUGAACUUCAUCAGGGCCACCAAGCUUAUCAAGGAGACCCUACCAGGAGCCAGGGUCAGUGGAGGCUUGUCCAACCUCUCCUUUUCCUUCAGGGGCAUGGAGGCUAUCAGAGAAGCUAUGCAUGGAGCAUUUCUCUAUCAUGCCAUCAAGAAUGGGAUGGAUAUGGGCAUUGUAAAUGCCGGGAACCUUCCUGUUUAUGAUGACAUCGAUAAGGAGCUGCUGUUGCUGUGUGAGAGCCUCAUCUGGAACAGAGACGCUGACGCUACAGAAAAUCUGCUGGCCUACGCUCAGAAUAAAGGGAAAGGAGGGAAGAAGGUGGUUCAGACAGAUGAUUGGAGGAAAGUAUGUGUAGAAGAAAGGCUGGAAUAUGCUCUCAUCAAGGGAAUAGAGAAGUAUGUGGUGGAGGACGUGGAGGAGUGCCAGGCUCAGGUGGAGCGCUACAGGAGACCCCUUCACAUCAUCGAGGGGCCCCUGAUGAAUGGCAUGAAGGUGGUGGGGGACUUGUUUGGAGCCGGGAAGAUGUUUCUGCCACAGGUAAUCAAGUCUGCUCGUGUCAUGAAGAAGGCAGUCGGUUAUCUGAUUCCCUUCAUGGAGAAGGAGAAAGAAGAGAUGAUGGCAGCAUCAGGAUCGGCAGAAGAGACGGAUCCCUAUCAAGGCACCAUAGUUCUGGCUACAGUAAAAGGAGACGUCCAUGAUAUCGGCAAGAACAUCGUGGGCGUGGUCCUGGGUUGUAACAACUUUAGGGUGAUCGACCUGGGUGUCAUGGUGACCUGUGAUCGUAUUCUCAGGGAGGCUGUAACACAGAAAGCUGAUGUCAUUGGUCUGUCAGGCCUCAUCACUCCCUCUCUGGAGGAGAUGAUUUAUGUGGCGAAAGAAAUGGAGAGACUUGGAAUGACAACCCCUUUGCUGAUUGGAGGAGCUACCACAUCAAAGGCACACACUGCUGUGAAGAUUGCACCCUGCUACAGUUCUCCUGUAGUUCAUGUCCUUGACGCCUCCAGGAGUGUGGUGGUGUGCUCCCAGCUGCUAGACGAGGAAGCGAGGGAGGAGUAUUGGGAGGAUGUGAAGGAGGAGUAUGAGGAAGUCAGACAGGAGCACUAUGACUCCCUGAAGGACCGUCGGUAUCUUUCCCUGCCUGAGGCCAGACAGAAGGCUUUGCAUGUCGACUGGUUCUCUGAGCCUAGACCAGUGCGCCCUCAGUUCUUGGGAACUCGUGUGUUUGACUGUUACGAUCUGAACAGUCUGCUGCACUUCAUCGACUGGAAGCCUUUCUUUGAUGUGUGGCAGCUUAGAGGGAAAUACCCCAACAGAGGAUACCCCAAGAUCUUCAAUGACAAAACUGUUGGUGCAGAGGCUCGCAGAGUCUUCAAUGACGCCCAGUUACUGCUCCAUCACAUGAUCGACAGCAACAGUCUGGAGGGGCGGGGCCUGGUGGGCUUCUGGCGAGCUCAGAGUAUGGGUGAUGACAUCAACGUGUACAAAGAUGAUGUCACAGUUCACAGAGACACGAAGCCAGUCGCCACAUUUCAUGGCUUACGGCAGCAGGCGGAGAAAGACAGCUCCAGCUCAGAGCCCUUCCUGUGUGUUUCUGACUUUGUGGCUCCUGUGGACAGCGGCGUUCCCGACUACAUUGGGCUGUUUGCAGUAGGUGUGUUUGGAGCGGAGCAGCUCAGUCAGCGGUUCCAGGCCCAGGGAGACGACUACAGUAGCAUCAUGGUCAAGGCUCUGGCUGAUCGCCUCGCUGAGGCAUUUGCUGAGGAGCUCCAUGUGCGUGUGCGUAAGGAGCUGUGGGGCUACAGCUCUGACGAGGUUCUGCAGGCCUCAGACCUGCACAGAGUCCGCUACCAAGGAAUCAGACCUGCAGCUGGAUACCCCAGCCAGCCUGACCACACGGAGAAACUCACCAUGUGGAGGCUGGCUGCUGUUCAGAAGGAGACGGGAAUUGGCCUGACCGAGUCCCUGGCCAUGACACCGGCUGCCUCGGUCUCUGGACUUUACUUCUCACACCCUCAGGCUUCGUAUUUCGCUGUGGGAAAAAUCACCAAGGAACAGGUGGAGGACUACGGCAAGAGGAAGGGGACGAGUACAGAGGAAGUGGAGAGGUGGUUGGCUCCCAUCCUUGGCUACGAACAGGAGGCGUAGCGUCAUGGAUCAGCUUCCUGGUGGAAUCAUUCCAGCUGAGGCUGGAAUGAUGCUGUGCUGUUCUGUGGUACCACACGCUGCUGCAUUUAUUACCCACAAUGCCUCAGUGUUUGACUUUAAAUGGGAAUAUUUCAAAGUGUUCAGGACCAGUCUACCACAUUCAGAUCAGCUGGUUUUUCGCACUAUUCCUGUUUUAGAGUUGGUUUAAAAUUUAUACUUGAAAUGAAAAUUUCAUAUUAACCAACAGUCAGUUUUAUUUCAUUUUUUACAAUGACUAUUUUGUUAGAAUAAUCAGAGUGGUGCCUUGGAGGCUGCAGUGUACUGUCACACAUCAUCAGGGAUCUCAGCAUAGAGGAGCAGCUGCUGCUGCUGCUCCUCUAUGCUGCAGCUGCUGCUGCUGCUGCUGCUGCUGCUGCUGCAGAGAGAUCCUUCAAAAUCAGUAAGUAUUUCAUUUGUAAGCCAUGCAGCUGUUCAGAACAUAAAAAAGUGGGAUUUUUCAUUAAUAAUCUUCUGAUAUGAUCAAACUGCUAAUUCUGUUUCUGGAGACUCUACAGGUAAUCUUCAACAUUGUUACACCAUACUGGCAUUUGUUAAUGGUACCUAAAAUUACUGUUGUCAGUUCUUCCUCAUAAUUUUGAAAAUACAUUCAGAAGGUAGUCUUGAUUUUAUGUUUCUGAUCAAUGAACAUGUUUCUAUUGUCUGAUAAAUCCCAAAGUAUUGUUAUAUCAGUGUUAAAUGUGCUUGCAUGUUUGUAAUUGAGCAGCUUGGAGUAAAUAACAAAGAUGAAACUUUUUCAAACAUGUAAAAGAUGUAAGUAAAAAUCAUUUAUGCCAAAGUUUUUUUUUAGAAAUUAGGAGGAUUUGUACUAAACUAGGUUUUAAACUAACUUCUAGUUGACUGAAACUGGAAAGCUAACCUUUUUAACAUUGUUUUCACAAGCAUUGAUUGUUGUCACUAAGUGGUGCUCUACGUUUCUUCCUACUGACCUGCUGUGAGGAAGUUCAACUGAGAACAAACUGCUGCUCAUGUUGUGCCAUAAAGCCCUGAUGCUGCAGCUGGUGUCAAACUGACAGCUUGGUAUUUUUUAGUCUAAUUGUGAAAUAAUGAUGGUAACUUGUUGAACAUUGUGAGCUGUUAUAAUAAAUGUUUCAUAGAUAAUAAA